AUUACCGUUAGUAGUAAUGCCGCCAUUGCAAACUUAACUCUGUGUAUUUGUGCACAAAGACUAAAUUUGUUUGCUUGUGCAUUGUUUGUGUAUGAGAUUACAAGUCACGUAGACCUUUAUUUGUCUGUGAUUUGUGUAGUAAGAAAUACAAACGAAAAUCCUUUGUCAUUACACGUAAAAAAGGCGAACGUUAUUCUCCGAGUAUUGCGACGUUAAACGUGUGAAAAAUGUCAUUAAAAUCGAGUGUCGAUGAUCUUCUUGGAGAAUCUUGGGUCGAUGUCACGGCAUCCUCAACUUGUGGUUCGCAAGGUGGUGGUACUCCCGGAUCUGUUACGCCACAAGUUUCGGCGGAAGAAUAUUUACGCUUACUACGAGAAGCACAAAGAGAAUCGAACCAGUCCUCUGCUAGAGUUUCGCUAGCUGGAUCGAGGCGCGAUUCUCCUAGGAGUAGUCCCAAAUCACCUCCAAAUAGUCCAGUUCAAGGUACACCCCUAAUAAUGGAAUGGCAAUCGUAUUAUAUGAACAGUGAAGCGAAGGAGGAAGCUGAUUUGUUUAACGAUUGGAGUAGUCGCCCGGACCAACUUCCACCAAAGAACUGGAGCUUCAGACAUCCUAAAAGAGACGUCCUAAGCAUUCGUUACGCACGUGUAGGCGAUAACAGUGUUUUCUCACGCAAGGGUCUCUGUACGUUAUUUUUAACGAAUCUUCUAUCUCUUUUACUGGGUGCCGGUGUCGGCUUAUGGCUAAGUAAAUAUGGUUUCUUCGUACCGUCAAUAAGAACCCGUUAAAUGUAUCUCUAUAAGCAGUUUAUACUGGAUCGUGUAUCAAGCGUAACUCGGAAGGAAUUUUGAUACACUUUUGUGAUUAUUUUUCUAUAAUUUGGUUUACGAAUGCUGCCUUGCGAAUGAGACUGGAUUUUUCUACAUGGACAAAAUUUUUCAUUUCUGGCAGGAAUAACUCGGCUUAAGUUUAGAAAUUGUUUAAUCUUUUUAUUUUGUAUAUUUAUCAUGUUACGUUAAUAUCUUAGAAGUUUAAUGAAACAACAGGUACUGUGUAACACAAAUGCUUUGUGUGUGUAUGCGUACAGUAGAAUGUUUUGU